CAUGGCUUCAUCAUUUACGCGUCCAAUUAUUCUGUCUGCUCUCUCCAGCCAGCUUCCGCUCCUUGCGAUCCAGCUCACCACCAUUCCUACUAUAUAUACACUUCACCUUUCAUGCAACUCUUUCAUCAAACAAUGAAUCAUCUCUCUCUCUCUCUCUCGCAUUACAAAAUGGCAGCACCAUUCCUCUCACAGUUAGUAGCCUUCUUCUCAGCUCUCGCGGCCCUGAGCAGCUUCGCCGCCGCCAAUUUCUACGGCGACGCGGAGAUCACGUGGGGCGAGGGGCGCGGCAAGAUCCUCGAAGGGGGCCGCGGCCUCUCCCUGUCGCUGGACAGAUACUCCGGCUCCGGCUUCCAAUCCAAGAAGGAGUUUCUCUUCGGCCGAUUCGACAUGCAGCUCAAACUCAUCCCCGGAAACUCCGCCGGAACCGUCACCACUUUCUUCCUGUCGUCGCAAGGCCCCGGCCACGACGAGAUCGACUUCGAGUUUCUGGGAAAUUCGAGCGGGAAUCCCUACACCGUUCACACAAACGUGUACUCGCAAGGCAAAGGCGACAAAGAGCAGCAGUUCCAUCUCUGGUUCGACCCCACCGCCGCCUUCCACACCUACUCCAUCGUCUGGAAUCCCAACAAGAUCAUAUUCCUAGUGGAUAACAGCCCGAUCAGAGUGUUCAACAACCACGUGGGGUCCGGCGUGGCUUUCCCGACGAAGCAGGCGAUGAGGGUUUACUGCAGCCUGUGGAACGCCGACGACUGGGCGACGCAGGGGGGGCGCGUGAAGACGGACUGGGCCCACGCUCCGUUCACCGCUUACUACCGGAACUUCAAGAUCGAGGGCUGCGCCGCCGGGAGUUGGUGCGCCGCUCAGGAGCUGGACGGCAAGGCCAGGAACAGGCUCAGAUGGGUUCAGCAGAAUCACAUGGUUUACAAUUACUGCGCAGAUUCCAACAGAUUCCCUCGGGGAACUUCGCUCGAGUGCAAGCGUUCCAGAUUUUAAUUCAUGGAAUGGAAAAUCCAAUGUAUAUCUUCAUUUUCUGUGUUGUGUGCUCUUCAUUUCUUAUAUUCUUAUUCAAUUCAAUGUAAGCAAGUCCUUUAUCAGAAUAAAUUAAAUUAAUUCACGUUUUUAUC